GAAACAGAUGAGUGUUCUUCCACACCACUACUGCUCUGGACACCCUCUGGCUGUCUCUGUCAACCUGCUUUUAACCUCUCUGUACUGGAUACUGUCUUGUUGGAUACUUUUUCUCACUUCUUUGACACUUUUGCAUGGAUUACUGAUUUAAAAAUGCAUUCCCAGCUGUUGUUGGAUGAAUUCAGCCAUGGGUAUCCCAGUGUAAAAUGGAGGAUAGUUUUGAUUGCGACUGCGGUGAGCUGGAGCCACCUGAUCACUGAGAAGAAAUCAUCUCUCUGAGAUCAUCAACCCUUUCUGUUUCACAACAUCAGGUGCUUUAUACAAAGAAAAAAAAAAUAGUCGAUUUAUCACCAUUAACUUGGACCGUUAGUAAUGCUGCUGCUCAGGGCCGGUCAUACACUGAAAACUUCUGCACUGUGACGAUGGUUUUAUAGGUGAUGACUUAUUUCAGUUACGUUCAGAGAUAUUUGAUUGGCCUCCAAAUUCAUUCCAUUUAACGCUGAAAUUGAAAGAAAAAUCUCCCAGAAACGACAUUUAAAAAGCUGCUAAGAAGUGCUGUGGAUGAUGAAUACGCUGUAACAGUCACUCGGGGGAAAACACUCAAGUCUUCGUAGGCUUGAGUGUUUGUCUCGUCUUUUUCGUUGUUAAGUUAGGUUUGCCUUUCUCAAUUAGCUCUAGUAAUUGCAACUCAAAAUCAGCUGCAUAUCAGUUCAAUCCGAAAUCCUUCCUGCUAUAAUAUCUGCACAGAGUUGCUCUUGUAGACCGCAAAAUGGCAGAGAAAUUUGAAAGCCUUAUGAACAUUCACGGCUUCGACCUGGGCCCGCGCUACAUGGACCUGAAGCCUCUGGGCUAUGGGGGCAAUGGACUGGUCUUUUCCGCCGUUGACACCGAUUGUGACAAGAGGGUCGCUGUGAAAAAGAUCGUCUUAACCGACCCUCAGAGCGUCAAACAUGCACUGCGCGAAAUCAAGAUCAUUCGCAGACUCGAUCACGACAACAUCGUGAAGGUGUUUGAAACGCUGGGGCCCAGUGGCCGGAGGCUCACAGAGGACGUGAGCUCUCUGACGGAGGUCAACUCCGUGUACAUCGUACAGGAGUACAUGGAAACCGACCUCUGUAAAGUACUGGAACAAGGCUUGUUGUCCGAAGAUCACGCACGGCUCUUCAUGUACCAACUGUUGCGAGGACUCAAAUACAUCCACUCUGCAAACGUGCUUCACCGAGACCUGAAGCCUGCCAACCUCUUCGUCAACACUGAGGACCUGGUGCUGAAAAUCGGGGACUUUGGACUUGCCCGUAUCAUGGACCCCCACUAUUCCCAUAAGGGGCAUCUGUCUGAGGGACUGGUCACUAAAUGGUAUCGUUCUCCUCGUCUGCUCCUUUCCCCAAAUAACUACACCAAAGCCAUUGACAUGUGGGCCGCAGGGUGCAUCUUUGCUGAAAUGCUGACUGGAAAAACUCUAUUUGCAGGAGCUCACGAGCUGGAACAGAUGCAGCUGAUUCUGGAAUCCAUUCCGGUAGUCCAUGAGGAAGACAGACUGGAGCUCCAAAGUGUAAUACCUGUCUUUAUCAAGAACGACAUGUCAGAACCACACACGCCACUUGCCAAGUUAUUGCCCGGUGUCAGCCCUGAGGCCUUGGAUUUUCUGGAGAAGAUCUUGACGUUUAACCCCAUGGACCGGCUCACUGCGGAAGAGGCUCUUGCUCACCCAUACAUGAGCGAUUACUCCUUCCCUUUAGACGAACCAGUGUCCUUGCACCCCUUCCACAUCGAGGAUGAGGUGGAUGACAUCUUGCUUAUGGAUGAGAGUCACAGUCACAUCUACAACUGGGAAAGGUACCAUGAAAGUCAGUUUUCUGAUCAAGACUGGAACUUGCACAGCACCCAUGAACUGGAAGACGUGCAGCGUGAUCCUCGGGCUAUGUCAGAUGUCACGGACGAGGAGGAGGUCCAGAUCGAUCCACGGAAAUACAUGGAUGGGGAAUGUGAGAAGUUCCUAGAGGAUCCAUCGUUCGAUCUUCCACCAGAGCGCUCGUGGCAACAGGAAGAUCACCAUGAGAACAAAUACUGCGACCAGGAGUGCAGCUACACUUGCAACUACAAAGCGGUGUCCCCGUCCUACCUGGACAAUCUGAUCUGGAGGGACAGUGAGGUGAAUCACUACUAUGAGCCCAAACUCAUCAUUGACCUCUCCAAUUGGAAAGAACAGCAAAGCAAAGAGAAGAACGACAAAAAAGGCAAGACCAAGUGUGAGAAGAACGGACUGGUCAAAGCCCAGAUCGCCCUGCAAGAGGCAUCUCAGAACCACUGCGUGGCCGAGAAGGAUCGCGAACAGGAAAAACACCAGAACCACAACCAGGGCUUCGACUUUGAUUCGUUUAUCGCCAGCACCAUCAAAAUGAGCCUUCAGCCAGAAUCUGAUGACGUUGACCUCCUGAAUGAGUUGAACACCUCCGUUUCCCAGCUGGACACCCGUGCUCCUUGCGGCUUCAUGUCCAAAUCCAUCAGUCAGGAGAAGGAAGAGAAGUGUCUAGUCAACCUGGCGCAGCUCGGCGUCCGAGCACCCUGUCCUUGGGAGAGUUUCACGGACAGUGACGUUACCGAGAGCAGCAUAAUCGACGAGGCUUGCUGGGACGUCCGCAAAGAUGAGCAGCUCCAGAAGGAGAACAGCAGCUGCCAGAGCAGUUACUUAGACCGCCUCUUCAACAAGCGCGAGGAGGUGGAGUCCGAGAUCCCCGAACCUGUCGAGGAGUCCACUCUGGAGGAUGACUUCAUAUCCUGCGGCGGUGAAAUCGUCUUUAACAUGCAGCUGGAGUCUCUGGCCAUUCCGGGGUUCGAGGGAGCGGGUGACAUUCCUCUGAAGUCCAUCCAGGCAACGUUAACGCCCUCUGCUGUUAAGCGCUCCCCACAAAUCGCCCAUAAAACCUACAGCAGCAUUUUCAAGCAUUUAAAUUAAACAAUCCACCCCGUUCAAGCAGAGUCCAACGUAUUUUUAUAGUUAUGCAUUUCUGUACUUGAAUAGUUUUUUUUACACACAUGGUUACUUUUUGAGGAAACAUUUCUUUUUUUUUUUUCUUUUUUAAGUCUGGAUUAAAUGUUAAUUCCGUUCAUAUAUUCAUCCAAAGUGCUGGACUGUUUUCCCUCACAUUAAAUGUUUUUGCCCUCUAA